AUGGAUUACGUGGCCUUGGAGUCGAGAAUGUCAGUUGCCAAGGGAAUUAUGGAGGCAUUAGGAGAUGCUAAAAUCAACGAGAUCGGUGUUGGAAAAAGUACAUUGAUGAGAGAAGUUGUCAGGAAAGUCAAGGAGGAUAAGUUAUAUGAUGUGGUGGCUAUGGCAAUCGUGUUGGAGAGCCCAAAUGUAAGGCGAAUUCAAAGAGAGAUUGCGGACACACUAGGUCUAAAGCUUGAUCAUGAUCAGACUGAAAAAGGGAGAGCAAGUCAUCUACAAUGGAGCCUAUCGAACGACAAGGAGAAGAAGAUACUUGUUAUCCUGGAUGAUAUAUGGAAGCAACUUGAUUUGGUGGAAAUACGAAUUACUCCUUCCGAAAGAUGCAAAAUAGUACUGACAUCUAGAAAUAGAGAUGUAUUAAAUUGCAGAAUGGGCACCCAAAAGGAUUUUGCACUUUAG